GAAACAAAGGCUUUUAAUUGCAAAAUACUUGUAGUCCACGCUUCCUCGAAAAAUGGCGGAUAUGGAUGAAUUGUUCGGGAGCGAUGGAGACAGUGACAAUGAACAACGAGUAGAGUCUGGUUCGGGGUCAGGAUCAGAUUCCGAGCACGGACGUCCUAGGUCUGUCAGCAAUGGCUCAGGAAGUGAGAGUGAACGAGAACGAGAUGAUGACGAUGAUGAAGGCCAAGAUGGUGGGAAGCCUAGCAACAAAGAGCUGUUUGGGGACGACAGUGAGGAUGACCAUGGAAGUCAACACAGUGGCAGUGAUAAUCAGUCCAACAGGUCUGGAAAUCAAUCAGAUGCAAGCAUGCACUCUGAACAAGAAGACAACGAGCAGUCAGAUGCUGAGCAACACAGUGGCUCGGAGGGUCCUCAUGGCUCGGAGGGUCAUCAUCGUGGGUCGGAUGUAGGCAGCCCGGCAUCAGGGGUAGGCAGCCCGGCAUCAGGGGUAGGCAGCCCGGCAUCAGCUGUAGGCAGUCCGGCAUCAGGGGUAGGCAGUGCCCACUCAGACGGAGGCAGUCCUCACUCAGACAGAGGCAGUCACCACUCAGACGGAGGCAGUCCUCACUCAGACGGAGGCAGUCGCCACUCAGACGGAGGCAGUCGCCACUCAGACGGAGGCAGUCGCCACUCCGGCAGAGGCAGUCGCCACUCCGACAGAGGCAGUCGCCAUUCAGACCGAGGCAGUGCAAGCCCCAGAUCAGAGGGUGGGAGCCCACAUUCUGAUGCUGGCACUGCCCACUCUGACCCAGGAACACCUCAGACUGGACCGGGCACCCCACACUCAGAAGUAGAGGGCCACUCUGAUGAUGAAAAGUGGGCCAGAGGGCAUAAGAGUGACCAGUCAGAUGAUGAGGAGAAGGCCCAGCACUCCGAUGAAGAGAGAGAGCACUCAGAUGAUGAGGUCCCUGGGAGGAGACACAAGAAAGAGUCUGCUAAGGGCAGCGACAGUGAGGAUGAUUUUAUUCGACAGAAAAAGAAGAAAGUGGCAUCAGACUCCGACUCCGAUAGUGAGGUCGGCGGUUCCAAAGGUCCAAAACCAGCUGCAGACGAUCUGUUUGGUGAGGCCGAUGACAUUUCUUCAGACAGUGACGCAGAUAAACCCCCCACCCCUGGACAACCACUGGACCAUGAAGAGGGGAUGGAGGGGGGUCGCCCAGAGGAGGAGCACGUCCCCGAGACCAGGAUAGAGGUGGAGAUCCCUAAAGUCAGCACAGACCUGGGCAGUGACCUCUACUUCGUCAAGCUGCCCAACUUCCUCAGUGUGGAGCCCAGGCCGUUUGAUCCCCAGUACUAUGAAGAUGAGUUUGAGGAUGAGGAGAUGCUGGAUGAGGAGGGUCGGACGAGGCUCAAACUAAAGGUGGAGAACACAAUCAGGUGGAGAUCCCGCAAAGAUGAAGAAGGCAAUGAGGUUCGAGAUAGCAAUGCUCGCAUUGUGAAAUGGUCUGAUGGCAGCAUGUCACUCCAUCUGGGUAAUGAGGUGUUUGAUGUCUACAAGGCCCCACUCCAGGGAGACCAUAACCAUCUGUUCAUCAGACAGGGUACAGGUCUACAAGGUCAAGCUGUGUUCAAGACCAAACUGACCUUCAGGCCUCAUUCCACAGACAGUGCCACUCACAGGAAGAUGACGCUGUCUCUGGCUGACCGCUGUUCCAAGACUCAGAAGAUCCGUAUCCUGCCCAUGGCCGGCCGUGACCCAGAGUCCCAGAGGAACGAGAUGAUCAAGAAAGAAGAGGAGCGUCUGCGCGCCUCCAUCCGUCGGGAGUCCCAGCAGCGGCGCAUGCGGGAGAAGCAGCACCAGCGCGGCCUGAGCGCCGGCUACCUGGAGCCCGACCGCUACGACGAGGACGAUGAAGGAGAGGAGUCCGUCAGCCUUUCUGCUAUCAAGAGCAAGUACAAGAGCGGAGGACUGAGAGAGGAGCGGGCCAGAAUCUACUCCUCCGACAGCGAUGAGGGCUCAGACGAGGACAAGGCGCAGAGACUGAUGAAGGCCAAGAAACUGGACAGUGAUGACGAGGGAGAGAACUCCGCUGGCAAAAGGAAGGCACCGGACGAUGACGACGACGACGACGAAGAUGGCGACGCCUCCUCCACCAAGAAAGCAAAGAAAUAUGUCAUCAGUGAUGAAGAGGAAGAGGAGGACGACGAUGACGAGUGAUUUUUUUUUUUUUUUGUAGCACACUUUUUUUAUUAUUAUUUCAUGUCUGUGUGUUUGACUUAGUACCAUGGGGUGUCCAUCUGUACAUUUUAUAAAGGAACUGCUAAGCUGUAUAGUAAAGAAAAAAUAAAAACACGAGCACAGACUAA